AUGCCUCCUAAGAACUCCCGUAAGGCAGUGGCUGAUGCUGCCUUGGUCAACCCUGCUGGUGGUUCUGAUCCUGCGAGCAAGUCAACGCCAAGCAAGCGGUCAGAUGUGGACAUUAAUCUACCGACCGAAGCGGAAGUUACCGCUGGGAGCUCAGGCCUUUCUGUCGAGGAGAAGCUGAAAGCGUUGGCCACGGUGGCUGCUGAUGACUCAUUUAUCAAAGAUGACUCUGAUGAGGAGCUGGAGAUUGAUGCGAGCACAGGAAUCUCCCCUCACCUGCGUUCGACGGUGAUUCUGCUUUUUCUAGUGAUCCCGUCGCAUGAAGUCGCUUCUGUUAUUCUAACUGUGCGGAUGCUUAUGAAGCGUGUUUGGGCAAACCUGCUCUCUGAUGACGUCUUGGCCACGGUGAAGUUUCAGGAGCUGCUUCCCGCGUUUGUUGCCAAGACCCGCUAUAGUCGUCUCCAAGUGUCAUUCCUGCGAGAGUCCGACGCUGUGAACAUUAAGCAAACAUCGGUGGAUCAUAAGCGUCCCAACGGAAUUACGAUUCAUUGUUUCUGGCUGCACCAGGAGGAUCCAGUUUACCUGCGUAUGAAGGCGACAAAUCCACAGAUGCUGGAGGUGUAUUUCAAAGGUGUCCCCGCUGACAUUCCCUCGGAGCUGGUUUUGGAGGUGAUGGUGAAGCAUCCGCUCAAGAUCCGGAAGCAGUCGGCCUUCAGCGGUGGUCACUGCUUUCACCGCGUCCUUCAUCUAAUGACCGGCGCUGACACGGACAAGAUCAAGGGGCUGGUUGCAUUCAUCCGCAGAGUGCUGGGUCCGGUGGUUGAUACGGUGUCGCUGGGUUCUCAUCUGCUCAUUAUGGGGGACUUCAAUCUUGUAGAAGACCCGCUGUUAGAUAGGACAUCACGGACGGGGUCCACGAAAGAGAAUGAGGAGCUGUACCGUCGUUGUGGCGCCUUUCACCUCUCGGAUGCUUUUAGAGUUCUACAUCCAUACAGGCGGGAAUUCACUUUCUACUCCUGCGCCAACCAGUCCAGUUCGCGUAUAGACAGAGCACUUAUCUCGCAAUCUUUGCUUGCGCAUGUUGAGUUCGUCUCACACAUUAUGCCGGCUGACCCCAUCUCUGACCACAGCUUUGCAGUGAAGGCGGCUUUCAGGUUGAACACGCGGGUGCAGUUGGGCCCGGGGCUUUGGAGGCUUCCUGCAUACAUGUUGGACAGACCGGGGGUCAGAAAGGUGAUUGAAGCCGUGGAGCGGCAAGUGGACUUGUGUGGGGACGGUUUUGAGCUUCUAAUCUCCCGCCUCAAUACUGCUCUACGAGCUUACACAAAAGAGGAGCGGAAGAGGGUCCGGGCUACGACGGUUCACCUUCAGCGGCCGGUUGCGGAGCUAAAACAGGCGUGGCUGGGUGACCCGGGGUGUGCUCGGCUGAAAACCUUGCUGGGCGAAAGAGAGGCGCAGUUGAAGAGCUACCAGCUGGUUCGGCAGGAGCGGCUACAUGUAAUGGCUGGGUUGAAGGAAGAAGUAAUGGGUGAAGUGGCCUCCCCGCACCUGUCGGCAAAGAUCAAAGACAGAAAGGGGUGGACGCAGAUUACGGAGUUAAACGCAGGCGGGAAGCUGGUGAAUGACAAUGAAGCUAUCCUGAAGGCAGCGUCACAGUAUUAUAAGGAGCUGUUCGAAAGCGACAGACAGCAGGCCGUGUCUGCUUGGUCUCCUGCUCCCGGGAGGUCUCUGUCGCAGAAGUCGGCGGAAGCGGUGUGUGCGGCCUGGUCGGAGGAAGAAGUGAAAGCAGCUUUCCGUUUGAUGGCGAAGGAUAAGGCUCCCGAGAAGGAUGGGUUGCCGAAAGAGCUGUUCGAGUUCCACUGGGAUAUCCUGGGCAAACAUUUCAUGAAGCUGGUCGACAAUUUCGCAGCUACGGCGACGCUGCCGACGAGUACGAAGGACGAUGUCACCAUCCUGCUACACAAAAAGGGGGGGAGGGAGCAGCUUGAGAACUGUCAGAAUGUUAUUCUCUAG